AUGAAGCUGAUUGCUCCUAGAUUUUAUGAAGAUCUUUUCAAUCAAACUACAUACUGGAAUGUGUUUCCUAAAGUCACAGUGAAGAAAAUCCUUACUUUUGAAGCUAAGAAAUGGUUAGUGAAGGAAAUCAAUCACAAGGAGAUUAAAGAGGCUCUUUUCCAAAUGAAUCCAGAUAAGGCUCCAGGACCAGAUGGGUUUAAUGCUUAUUUUUAUCAACACAAUUGGAGUUUGAUCAAGGAUGAUGUGAUAUUAGCUGUGAAAUCUUUUUUCUCUUCAGCUAUAUGGAUCAACUGGAUCAAAGAAUGCCUCUCUACCCCUUCUUUUUCAGUCCUAUUAAAUGGCUCUUCUACUGGUUUUUUUCAAAGCAAUAGGGGUAUAAGACAGGGGGAUCCUCUAUCCCCAUAUAUCUUUGUUUUGGUGAUGGAAUUUUGGUCUAUUAGUAUGGAGCUUGCUACCAUUUCGGGAAAAAUUCAGAAUAUUAAGAAGAAUCAGAAUCUACAAGUGUCUCAUAUUUUAUUUGCUGAUGAUAUGCUGGUUUUUUGUAGAGCUAACAGGAAAUCCUUUGAAGGCAUUAACAAUUUGUUGGAGUCUCUUACACUUAACACAGGACUGGGUAUCAAUAAAAGCAAAAGCAAAAUUUUUUUUAGUAAAGGAUGCAGAAAUAAAGAUAUUCUAAGUUCUGUUAUAGGCAUAUCAAGUGGGUCUCUACCUGUAAAAUAUUUGGGGCUACCUUUAUCUUUCAAUUAUCCUAAUGCAAAAGAUUUUCUCCCACUUAUUGAUAAAGUUAGGAAGAAGAUUGAGGGCUGGAUGACAUACUCUUUAUCAUUUGCUGGGAGGAUUGAACUCAUAAAAUCAGUUCUAUUUAGUACCAUAGCAUAUUGGUAUUUUGUCUAUAAACUCCCCAACUCAACUGUUCGCAGUUUGGAGUCAAUUUUUGCUAACUUUCUAUGGAAGGGUAAGCUACAUGCUAUCAACUGGAAGGAUAUUUGUCGUCCAAAACAAGAAGGAGGAUUUGGAUUGAGGAAAUUAAAUGAUCUCUGUCAUGCUGCUGCCCUUAAAUUGAUAUGGAGACUUCUUUUUACUUCUACUCUAUGGUCUAAUUGGAUGAGAGCAAGAUAUGUCAGGGGAGGAAAUAUUUGGGAUACACCGGCACAUGCUAUGGACUCUGGAACUUGGAAGCUUUUAGCAGGUAUUAAAUCUAAAGCUAUGUGUUGCAUAAGGAAAUCUAUUGGUAAUGGUGAAACAACUUCUCUAUGGUUUGAUCCAUGGAUUCUUGAAGGCAGGCUUUCGGACAUUCUGCAGCAAAUAAACCUACAUCUCACAGGCACAGAAAAUUGGUCAGUAGCUCACAUCAUUCAAAACUCUCAAUGGCAUGUUGAAUUACCAUGCCUUUUUCUAAUAAUUCAUCAUAUCUCAAAUAUUCAAAUAACUGGUCAAGAUGAUCACUGGAUUUGGCUACCAAAUGCAAAUGGGAAAUUUACUUUUGCGUCAGCAUGGGAUCAAGUAAGAACCUCUUACUCAAAUUUUGAUCUUUCAAAUGUGGUCUGGUUUCCUUCCUCAAAUCCUAAGAUGGCUUGUUGCUUGAUUAAAAGUUUAUAUAAUAGAUUAGCCACUAGGGACAGACUGUCCAGAUUUGGAAUUACAUCAGCUGUGGAGUGUGUUCUCUGUUCUGGUGGGAUUGAGUCAAGAGAUCAUCUUUUUUUCCAAUGUUCUUUUUCAGCAUAUAUCUGGAAUCUCUGCAAACUCAAACUUCAGCUUGAUGCUACGGUCAUAAAUGAUAUUAGAACUGAAGCUCUAGAUAUUCAAUCUAAGUUCAAGAGGAAAGACAGAACGUAUAAGCUGUCCAGAAUGGCUUUAAGUGCAGCUGUCUGGCAUAUAUGGCAAGAAAGGAAUAGACGUAUAUUUCAUGCUACCCAGUUGCACAAGUUGAUGGUAUUUAGGCGACUCUAUGAGGAUAUAAAUGUCUUGCUUAGAACCUGUACAUGGAAGACUGGUAACAAUACUAUCCUUGCAAAUUGGGAAUCCGCAGAGCAUUGUAAAUAA